AUGGAGCAGGGUAACGUCUCAUCCAAACACAAGGACAUCAUCUCCAAAAGUACUCAGAUAUCUCCAGGAUCUCCUGCUGUCUCCCAGCUGAGACCAAAGGAAGUGAAGUUUGGGACUCUGACAAGAAAAACUUUUGGAGAGAAAAACCCGAACAAGACAACCAGAACCAUCUUACUUGAAGGUAAAACAGGAACAGGACAUUCUACCCUGAUCAACCCUCGGUUCAAGAGUCACUCAAAGAGUCACACGUCAGAUGAGCAGAGAAGUCACUCAAAGAGUCAGAAAUCAGAUGAAAAGAGAAGUCACUCAAAGAGUCAGACAUCAGAUGAGGAGAGAAGUCACUCAAAGAGUCAGACACCAGAUAUAAAGAGAAGUCACUCAAAGAGUCAGAAAUCAGAUGAAAACAGAAGUCACUCAAAGAGUCAGACACCAGAUGAAAAGAGAAGUCACUCAAAGAGUCAGAAAUCAGAUGAGGAGAGAAGUCACUCAAAGAGUCAGAAAUCAGAUGAAAAGAGAAGUCACUCAAAGAGUCAGACAUCAGAUGAAAAGAGAAGUCACUCAAAGAGUCAGAAAUCAGAUGAGGAGAGAAGUCACUCAAAGAGUCAGCCACCAGAUAUAAAGAGAAGUCACUCAAAAAGUCAGAAAUCAGAUGAAAAGAGAAGUCACUCAAAGAGUCAGAAAUCAGAUGAGGAGAGAAGUCACUCAAAGAGUCAGCCACCAGAUAUAAAGAGAAGUCACUCAAAGAGUCAGACACCAGAUGAGGAGAGAAGUCACUCAAAGAGUCAGAAAUCAGAUGAAAAGAGAAGUCACUCAAAGAGUCAGAAAUCAGAUGAGAAGAGAAGUCACUCAAAGAGUCAGAAAUCAGAUGAAAAGAGAAGUCACUCAAAGAGUCAGACACCAGAUGAGGAGAGAAGUCACUCAAAGAGUCAGAAAUCAGAUGAGAAGAGAAGUCACUCAAAGAGUCAGAAAUCAGAUGAAAAGAGAAGUCACUCAAAGAGUCAGACACCAGAUGAGGAGAGAAGUCACUCAAAGAGUCAGAAAUCAGAUGAAAAGAGAAGUCACUCAAAGAGUCAGAAAUCAGAUGAGGAGAGAAGUCACUCAAAGAGUCAGACACCAGAUAUAAAGAGAAGUCACUCAAAGAGUCAGACAUCAGAUGAGGAGAGAAGUCACUCAAAGAGUCAGACAUCAGAUGAGGAGAGAAGUCACUCAAAGAGUCAGAAAUCAGAUGAAAAGAGAAGUCAGAUAGAGAGUCAGACACCAGAUGAGGAGAGAAGUCACUCAAAGAGUCAGAAAUCAGAUGAGGAGAGAAGUCACUCAAAGAGUCAGACACCAGAUGAGGAGAGAAGUCAGUCAAAGUGUCAGAAAUCAGAUGAGGAGAGAAGUCAGUCAAAGUGUCAGAAAUCAGAUGAGGAGAGAAGUCACUCAAAGUGUCAGAAAUCAGAUGAGGAGAGAAGUCACUCAAAGAGUCAGAAAUCAGAUGAGGAGAGAAGUCAGUUAAAGAGUCAGACACCAGAUGAAAAGAGAAGUCACUCAAAGAGUCAGAAAUCAGAUGAGGAGAGAAGUCACUCAAAGAGUCAGCCACCAGAUAUAAAGAGAAGUCACUCAAAGAGUCAGACACCAGAUGAGGAGAGAAGUCACUCAAAGAGUCAGAAAUCAGAUGAAAAGAGAAGUCACUCAAAGAGUCAGACAUCAGAUGAAAAGAGAAGUCACUCAAAGAGUCAGAAAUCAGAUGAAAAGAGAAGUCACUCAAAGAGUCAGACAUCAGAUGAGGAGAGAAGUCACUCAAAGAGUCAGAAAUCAGAUGAGGAGAGAAGUCACUCAAAGAGUCAGAAAUCAGAUGAAAAGAGAAGUCACUCAAAGAGUCAGACACCAGAUGAAAAGAGAAGUCACUCAAAGAGUCAGACACCAGAUGAGGAGAGAAGUCACUCAAAGAGUCAGAAAUCAGAUGAAAAGAGAAGUCACUCAAAGAGUCAGACACCAGAUGAAAAGAGAAGUCACUCAAAGAGUCAGAAAUCAGAUGAGGAGAGAAGUCACUCAAAGAGUCAGACACCAGAUAUAAAGAGAAGUCACUCAAAGAGUCAGACACCAGAUGAGGAGAGAAGUCACUCAAAGAGUCAGACAUCAGAUGAAAAGAGAAGUCACUCAAAGAGUCAGAAAUCAGAUGAAAAGAGAAGUCACUCAAAGAGUCAGAAAUCAGAUGAGGAGAGAAGUCACUCAAAGAGUCAGACACCAGAUGAGGAGAGAAGUCAGUCAAAGUGUCAGAAAUCAGAUGAGGAGAGAAGUCAGUCAAAGUGUCAGAAAUCAGAUGAGGAGAGAAGUCAGUCAAAGAGUCAGAAAUCAGAUGAGGAGAGAAGUCACUCAAAGAGUCAGACAUCAGAUGAGGAGAGAAGUCACUCAAAGAGUCAGACAUCAGAUGAGGAGAGAAGUCACUCAAAGAGUCAGAAAUCAGAUGAGGAGAGAAGUCAGACAUCAGAUGUGAUCGUGUACGAGAUCUUUGGUUAUGAAGAUGAAACUCUGCCCUACUCUCUGACCAUCAUCGAUACUCCUGGAUAUGGAGACACCAGAGGGAUCGAACGUGAUGUCAUCGUUAGUCAAAGAUUAUUGGACUUGUUCUGCUCAGACGAUGGAGUUCAUGAACUUUCUGCAGUGGGUCUGGUGAUGAAGGCGAGUGAGAAUCGAGUGAGUGAUCGACUGAGUUGA